GCGGGCCGUACACGAGCUUAACUUGACGUACGUUCUCUCGUUCGUCGACGACCAUUUGCUAGCGACGCCAUGUUCAUUAUCAACUGGUUCUGGGAUGUUCUUGCACAGCUCGGUCUGUUGCACAAGAACGCCAAAAUCCUCUUCCUUGGUCUUGAUAAUGCGGGGAAGACGACUCUACUGCACAUGCUCAAGAACGACCGGCUAGCAACACUGCAGCCCACACUCCACCCCACAUCUGAGGAGCUCGCAAUUGGCAACGUGAAAUUCACGACCUAUGAUCUGGGUGGACAUCAGCAAGCUCGUAGGCUCUGGCGUGAUUACUUCCCCGAGGUUGACGGCAUUGUCUUCCUCGUCGACAGCGCCGACUUCGAACGCUUCGCAGAGUCCAAGGCCGAGCUGGAUGCUUUGCUCUCUAUUGAAGAGCUAUCGAAGGUACCCUUCCUGAUCCUUGGCAACAAAAUCGAUGCCGCAGGUGCGGUGAGCGAGGAGGAACUCAGGCAUCACCUGGGCCUGUACCAGACCACUGGAAAGGGCAAGGUGCCUCUCAACGACAUUCGCCCCAUCGAGAUUUUCAUGUGCUCCGUUGUUCAGAGACAGGGCUAUGGAGAGGGUUUUCGCUGGCUCUCACAAUAUGUAUGAUCACUCGUCGCUGCCCUGCCCUGACUGCUGACAGUCUCUCGGUAAAUCUGAGACUUUGGUAGAUGUGUUGAUAUGUAACCGUCCGGUGACCGUCAGUCAUGUGGGAAUUACUGUCGUCUUACUGCUUUUCCUAUUGUUAGUAGCUACUCUCCUCUAUGUUGUGGAACAUUUUUUUUGCUCUUCAUCUCAAGAAGUGACCCAGCGACGGACAUGGGUCCUGUUGAUAGAUGCGUACCAUAUUGUUCUAGGAGCUGGUAUGGUGCACACCAUUUAUCGGUCCGUGGCUACCAUUCCGCCCCAUCAUUCGACUGCGCGAUGGACAGCACUCGGG